AUGUGCCACGCGUUGCUGUUGUUCAUGGGCAACGCGAUUUCUGGUGGUGGCGGCGGCGGCGGCGGCUUAGGCAGUCGGAAAACGACCGAGCCGGCCCGCAGUGGCGUAUCCGACCUGAAGAUGACCGCCACCACCGGCACUUCCGCCAUCGUCAACGAAUUGACCCGAGACGUGGAGCGCCUCAAAGCGGCCAUGGACGAAAAGGACCGGACCAUCGAACAACUCGGCAGGGCCGUAGAAGACAUACGCAACAUGCUCGAGAAUGCGGUAUCAAAUCAAUUUCUCGUGCCAUCGUCGCAAUCAUCACAACUCCGACUGGACAAAAAGAAAGGAGUGUCGGGAGAAUGUUCAACUUCUUCGGAAACACCUAUACCGUUUCCCAAACAGUCUAAACCCAUCAAAACUAAACACUUAAUCAAACAAGCGCUGUGCAAAAAUCAGUUUCUGAAAAACUUAAACACCAAUCAAAUUUCCGAGAUUGUAGACGUCAUGUAUCCGAAAGACUUCGAAGCUGGAGCGUACGUCAUUAGAAAAGGCGAUCCGGGGUGUUGUCUGUAUGUGGCCGACGAAGGAAAAUUCGACGUAAUCCAAAGCGGACGGGUUGUCGAUUCCAUUGGACCUGGUGAAGUGUUCGGCGAGAUGGCCAUACUUUAUAACUGUCCGCGGACUGCAUCGGUGAGAGCCAUCCAAGAUGUCAGGGUGUGGACUUUGGAAAGAGUGGCAUAUCAGCAAAUCAUGAAGACUUCUGCUAUGAGACGGUUUGACGAACGGGUGGGAUUUUUGAAAAGUGUACCAUUGAUGAAAGAUCUCAACGAAGAAUUUUUAUCGAAAAUUGCUGAUGUCUUGAAAGAAGAAUUUUAUCCGGAAGGGCACUAUAUCAUAAAACAGGAUACUUUGGGCGACAAGUUCUAUAUACUGAGCGAAGGGCGAGUAAAAGUCACGAAGACCAAUAAAGGUGAAGACGAAGAAGAAGAAUUUGGAAUUUUGGAACAAGGAGAAUUUUUUGGAGAAGUUGCUCUGUUAAAAAAAGACAAAAGGACUGCCAACGUCGUGGCCAUGCACCCGGGAGCAGAAUGUCUCACGCUGGACAGAGAGCCUUUUGUGCAUUUCAUCGGCAAUCUGGAGGAAUUAAAAAACAAAAAGUACACAGAACAUCCACGAAAACCCUCAGUCCAGACACCAGUAGAAAGCAAGACAAAAACGUUUUACCCGGAACUAUUCCGCGUGGAGCUGACCGAUUUUGAGACGGUUGCCACAAUCGGAGUGGGCGGCUUCGGCAGGGUCGAUUUGGUGUGUCUGAAGUUGGAUAAAAACCGAUCGUAUGCAAUGAAGAAAUUGAAAAAACAACAAAUAGUGGAUAUGCAGCAACAAGAACAUGUGUACAACGAGAAAACCAUUUUGGAAUCAUGUACAAGUCCGUUUAUCGGAAAACUGUACAAGACGUAUAAAGACAAAAGAUAUGUGUACAUGCUGAUGGAGGCUUGCCUGGGUGGAGAGGUGUGGACGUUCCUUCGGGACCGGAGGUGUUUCGACGACAAUGCCGCGUGUUUCGUGAUCGCGUGUGUUGUGGAAGCACUCGACUAUUUGCACGGAGCCGACGUCGUCUACAGGGAUCUGAAGCCAGAAAACCUGUUGCUCGACCGGCAAGGUUUCGUUAAACUGGUGGACUUCGGCUUUGCCAAAAAGCUACAACCACGAGGCAAGAAGACAUGGACAUUCUGCGGCACGCCUGAGUAUGUGGCCCCAGAAGUCGUGCUGAACAAGGGCCACGAUCGGGCAGUAGACUUUUGGGCUCUGGGAAUACUCGUAUACGAGCUGCUGGCAGGAAUACCUCCGUUUAGUGGGAAAGAACCAAUGGACAUUUACAAUGCAAUAUUAAAGGGCAUUGGAGCCGUCAACUUCCCGAGACAAAUGAACAAAAUGACUCAAGGUCUAGUGAAACAGCUGUGCCGAAGCGAUCCGACGGAAAGGAUAGGUUAUCAAAAGGGCGGCAUACAAGAUAUCAGGCGACAUGAAUGGUUCAAAGGUUUUGACUGGAUCGGUUUGAGGAACAAGAACAUAAUUCCACCCAUCGUACCACACAUAAACAAUCCGCUGGAUUCGUCGAAUUUUGAUAUUUAUCCAGAAGACGGAGACAUGCCACCUGAUGAAUUAUCCGGCUGGGAUUCAGAAUUCUGAAGCAGUUAGUCGCAGUGUGAAGCUAAAUACCUCCACUAAAUCAAACGCCGACUGCUACAGGACUGUACAUAUUAUAAUUGUUAUUACUAUGAAAAUGCAACAAAGUAUUCAACGUCUAGACUGGAAUGUGUAAAAAACCUUACACAAUUUCCUAGGGGAAAAUAAACAAUAUAUAGUUUCGUAUCUAACGUGUGACACACAUAAGAUGAGUUAAACAUAAUAUCACUAACUUUACUAUUUAUUUUUUAUUUUUGAGAGACUUUACUUAUCAAAAGAUAGCCGAACACUCAAUUGUCUUAUAAACAAUAAAUCAUUUAUCAACGAAAUAAUACGUAUGUACUAGCAAGGUCCUUCACAAUAAUUACAAUAUUAUUU